AUGGAAGUAAAGCAGACUGCAGCCGCAGAGGCACUUGAGGGGCUAAUUGAGCCAAGCACCAGCUGUACACUAAGAUAUCAUAAAAAGCCAAUAAAAACAGUUAAGUUCAAUCAUGACGGAGAUUUACUCUUUUCGUCAUGCAUGCAGGCAUCUUUGGUGGCAUGGCGUGUGUCAACGGGAGAGAUGCUUGGGGCAUACAUGGGGCACAGUGGAGCCAUUGUAAGCUUUGACAUAAACCAAGAAGACAGCAGAAUUGUCUCUGCUGGGGCAGACAGAAGAUCCAAUGUGUACGACUUAGAGACAGGAAAGAUGAUUCAUACAUUCAGCACAAUCGUAACCACAAGAGAUGUCUCUUUCACAGCAGACAGCAGGAGGAUUGUGCUGUGCACAGAUGCUAUCAUAGGGGAAAAGCCAAAGAUCUGGGUCUUUGAUGCAGUAAGUGGUGAACUAAUUGAGAAAAAAGUCAUUCCAAAUACGCCUGUGGUAAUUCAGUCGACUGUAGAUGGGAAAAUACUCUAUGGAGAUACAGAGGGUUCUUUAACUCUAAUAGACGAAAGAACCUUCAAUGAGAUUUCAUCAAAAAAGAUUCACCAAGCAAAGAUAACUUCAUUAACACCUUCCUUCUGUAAUACUUACUUUGUCACUGCAUCAACUGACUCUAAGAGUAAAAUAGUUCGGGCAGAUGGAGAGAUACAAAGUGUAAGGGAAUUCCUGUCAGAUUCACCAAAUAAUGCAGCCCGUGUAUCACCAGACAACAGGAUUCUUGUAUCUGCUGGGGGAGUAGCAGCAAGAGAUGUCACUACCUCCACGGGCCAGGGUAAUUUCAACAUAGAAUUCUUUGAUUGUGCCACCUCUAAGCUAGUGGGAUAUUAUAAGACACACUUUGGAACUGUGAAUACCCUGGAUAUACACCCAUCCGGAGAGGCAUUGGCAUCUGGAGGAGAGGAUGGUGUCCUGCAUCUUGUGAAGAUGGAUGACGAGGCAUUUAUUAAUGCACCCUUUGUCCCACUUGAAGGUGCAGAUGCAUAG